CUUGCAUUUUAUGUCAAAUGUGCUUCGAUUUGUAUCGUAUUCUAUUUCUACGCUGUGUGUGCAUUUGCGGGGGCAAGAGAGGAUGCGUGCCAUAGGCGUGGGCGAAACGUCAGGAGAGAAUGCUUCUGGAGACCUUCUCUGGCUGGGUGCUGUCCAGCAGCUCUUUCUUGAAGGAUUGCCAGCUGGGAGGCACUCUGCCCAUGCUCAGAGACCCCCUAGAGACCCCCGAAAAACAACAUCAGCAAGCAAGCCUUGCAGAUCCAGCCCUGCCCCUUGGAUGCCAGCCCAGGCGUGUUCGGGCAGCCCAGGCGUGUCAAUCACACGGGUGGCAGAGCAGAAGAAGAGGAGGAGGGAGAAGAACACAACGAGGAGGAAACUGAGCCCGGCAGGCAGAGCAGAGAACCACGCUGCCCGCCCGGGAAAGGAUGACCCGCAACCCCAUUUACGACGACCCCGAGCCCUACGCCAACCCCCAUCUCGGGGUCCCGUCGUCCCCCCGGAAGAUCAGCCUCGUGGGCCGACUGCGGCUGACGCAACCCGUGUGGCUUCAGAUGGGUCUCAACUCAGCCGCUGCUCUCCAUAUUCUGCAACGGGAACCUCCCGGGACGUUUCUGGUGCGGAGAUCCAACGUGCGCGGAUGCCAAGUGCUCAGCCUGCGUCUCCCUGACAACUCCGCGCCGGCUUUUGUCACGACUUAUCGCUUGCACCAGGAGCGGGCAGCUGUCUUUUUGGAAGGCUCGGACCUGACUUUCCCCAGCCUCUUGCAUCUCAUUGCCGCCUAUUGCUCCAACCCGGACGUCCUUCCGGUGCCUUUGCGCCUCCCGCCGCCCAUCUGGGAAGCCCCGUCCUGCCAAAAACUGGAGGCCAUCGCCCACUUGGGACUCGAAUUUUGGAGUUCGUCUCUGAACACCAAGGAGUCCAACCGACUGGCCCUGAUAGAGUCCGACCGACCGGCCCCGACUGACCCCAACAAAGACUCCCCGAAGCUGUCCUAUGCACAUUCGCAAAUGCACGAGGAAUCGGGUGCUCGUCGCCAACACUUCAAGAACCACGUCAAGGUGCAGGUCUCCACCGAAGCCGCGAGUCCGUUGUCCCCGCCGGCGGCCCCGCCACCCCCGGUGCCCACCUCGCCUCAGUUUCCCAACCGGCAACCAACGAGUCCUAAGCUUCCACCACGAUCACAAGGACUCGCCAAGCUUGAAACGUAUCUCGUUCCUCCGAGAAAGGAGAACGAAGCACCAGGACCGGAUGGAUGUCCUCUGGCUCCCCCGGGGCCACUUCUCCGCCUGAAGGAAGAGAACCCGGGCCACUUUCCCUGGGAUUUCCCAGCCCAAGAACGGGCCAAACUGGUCUGCGAAUCCUAGAAUCCUCGAUCACAUUUUGCAAGGCUUUUAAACUUUGUUUGUAAUUGAUAUUUACUGUAUAUACUCCAGGAUCCGUCCGUCACUCUCCGAAGGCAGAAGAAAGUCUCGGAAGUUGAAUAUCGGGCUUAUGGGAUCACAUUUUGCAAUGCUUUUUAACUUGGCUUGUAAUUGAUAUUUACUGUAUAUACUCAAAUAUAAGCCUAGUUUUUCCGCCCUUUCUUUAAGACUGAAAAAAACUUCCUCGGCUUAUACUCAGGCUUAUAUUUGGAUCGGCUUAUAUUCAAGUAUAUAUGGUAUAUUUAUUAUUUUCCUCUAUUAUUAUUGGUAUGGUUACAUUUAUUCUUUUACUCUAUUAAUCAUCAUUAUUACUGUAUAUACACGAGUAUAAGCCUAGUUUUUCAGCCUUU